AAUCAAUUGAAUCUCUACUGAAUCGAAUCGACUGUCUCGACUCAACUCGCUCCAACACCGAUGCCUCUGCACGACUGGAAAAAUGACAGGAGCAGUGCUGUAAAUGCGAUAGUACGAACAUAAUACGGUACCUUACUGUGUACGCUAAAGUACCAGUACCGGUACUGUUUCAAAAAUGAUUGUUCAUCGCUCCCCCGCUGAACAGCCCGCAGGCAACGAAUUGGACCACGCCGAGAGCCUUGCACAAAAACAGCGCUGCGGGGAACAGAAUCACGCCAACAUCACUCGGGUACGAAUUGUCUGGGGCAAGCACUACAGAACGUCACACGGGAGGAACACCAAACAACACAAAACUACACAACUCCAGCCCCAGCCCCAGCCCCAGCUCCCCGGUUCGUGGUCUCGAUAAGCGCGACGAGAAGCCUGUUCGACUCGGGGUUCCUCCGGCGAAUGCCCCCGCCCUCCCUUCCCUGACCGGAGAGCUCCGCGGAGGCGCUCUUCCGGGGGCACCCACCGCCAUGUUUGACACGGUGGUGUCGACCCCCUUUGCGAGCGGGGUUCCCUCUCUUGCCAGCAGCAGCGGCAACAGCAGUGGCAACGGCAAGAGCCACGCCACAAGAACCCCCGGAUUCCCGUACGCAUCGGUCCUCGACGACCUGUGCGAAAGGGUCGAAACCUCCGGCUUUUACACCCCGAAAUCCUCCCCGUGGUUCCUCCGGGGCGUCCUGGAGAAGCACCGCGACAGGGACAGGGAGCAAAUGGGCAGAAGCGGCCCCGACCGGUUCUUGACCAGGGGCCUGACCGAUGCCCUGGUGGAUCGCCUCCUGGAGGGGGACGGUCGUAGAGGACCCUUGGAACCGCAGGGGGAUCCGUGCCUGGUGGUGGCAAGGUCCCUGGUGGGGGCGGAUCCCUCCGGGUACCUCCCGGCGAUGGCGGCGAGCCUGUCCGACAAGGUCGGCGGAGCAGCAGCAGCAGCAACAACCUCCCAAACUCCAAGCACAACAACCACGGUCGAAGCCGCAAUCCACCCUCCGGCAAUUCCACCGGGAAUGCUCCGGUGGUGGAUCUCCCUCGUCGCCGACCCUUCCACGCCCCUGGAGAUCCACGACCGGUUGUCCGAUGCCCUGCUGGGCGUUGUUCUGGGCCACCGUGCCGGUUGCCGCACGCAGCAGCAGCAGCAGCAACAACAAGAGCAACAAAACCGAUCGCAACAACAACAACAACAACAACCGCUGCCCGACAGCGAACCAGACCACAACCCUUGCGGAUGCGAUCCUCCCUGUCGGCUCGCGGCAGACACCCUGGCCUGCCUGAUCUCUGCCGAAAGGGACCCGUGGGACCACCCACGGACCCUGGUGCCAAAGCGAGACCCGCCUCCCUCGUCCGCGUACGAUGCCCUGGUGCGCCGCGCCUCGUUCGGGAUCCGGUUCCUCUCGCGCUGCGGCACCCGGGCCGAUCGCGGAAAGGGUGCCGCCAACGGCACCACGAAAGAGACCUUAGGGCGGGAGGGACUCCCCGUUGUGGUUCGAUCGUCCGGUGCCGUGGAGUGGCUCGCCGAGGUCCUGGACACGGGGUUUGGGGGAGUCCUUUCUCUAGAAGCACGGCGGUUCGAAACCAAGCGGCGGCAGCAGCAGCAGCAGCCACCACCACAACCGCAAAAGGGCGACGGGGACGUCAUUCGUGUCCACCAUCGCUUUCGCUUGCUGGACGUGCUGCUGGAGGAAUGCGGCCGGCACCGGGAAGCGGGAAGCGGCCCGUUCUUCCUGGAAGGCCUCGCCGGCGAGGACAAGCGGGCCUUCUCGGGUUUUGUCGCGGAGACCUCCCGCUGCCUGGUGGAAAAGUGGAGGCGCCACCUCCUCUCCCCCCACCAAGAAAAGGGCGGAAGGUGGGGUCCUUCCGCAUCGCCGAGCAACGAGAUCGGGCCCGGGAAGGGGGCCCUCUUCUGCGCGGCCCGCUUUCUCCGCGUCCUCUCCCGGCUGCUCCCCCUGCUCUCGCAAGAGCCCCUGGGGUGUGGUGCCGGGGGAAGGGAUUCCCCGCUGGUCUCUUCUUGCGAAACGAUGGACGAGGCCACCUUUAGGGACGGGAAAGCCCUCUUUGCCCGCAUGCUCGGCGACGAAGAAACCCCGCUCCAGCAGCUGAAGCUGGUCCGGCUCCUGGUGGACGAGUUCUACAACGCCCGAAGCAAAGCGGACACCUUCCGAGCGUGUCCCUCCACCCGGGGCUGGCUCUCCUCCCCCGCCCUGCUCGGGCCGGUCCUCCGCCAGUGCGAGGAGGACCCCUUCCUGCUCCGGUCGGACGCCGCCCGCUGGUACGUCGGCGCCUACGGCAGGGAGAAACCAGGGGCAAGGGGGUCCCUCCGCACCAGGCCCCUCCGGGCCGCCCCGGACUGCCUCCCAGCGGGCACGGAAGGGCACCGAGGGAGGCAGCCUUGGGAAGCGCGCACAACCUUGCGGUCCCCGCUGGUCCUGAUGCGCAACCUGGGAGCGGCGUGGGACCGAAGGGGCACUUGCCCGGGCAAUGGGGGGACGCUUCCCGAACAGCGCGAGAACUACGAGCUCUUUGGGGGGGACGACGACGAAACGACCGGGAGCGGCGGGGAAGGGUCCCGGUGGGAACCGUGCUACCAGGCCGCGGACUAACCAACUACUAACUACUGUACUAACAAACAAACAAACAAACAAACAAACAAACAAACAAACAAACAACAAUGCUUGUCACAACCACGAUUGUCGUGAUCGUAUCGAACGGUCCGGCAAAGGUGCUGGGAAGAACCGCGAGGAUCUUGUGUCGCGGUGGCGUCGGCGCUGGGUCCGUGGUCUCCGUCGUUUCUUGCCAAGACCAACCGACGAGCCCGCUGCUGGGAAAACUCCUUUCUCUGGUGCCCGUGCGAGGUAGGUGAAUUUCGAAUUUGUAUCCUGCAAGCUGCCGUACGUAUCGUAUCCGUGAACCCUUCCUAUCUCUGACCAUGGGCGAAGAGAAUCCCCAUAUUCCAGUCAGGUCGUCGCGGAAACACCGAUAGAGUACCAAAGCCACCAACCAAAGUGGAGAUCUUGUAAAUCAAGAAUAGCACGAGUCCAAAUAACAAAUAACUCCAACAGGAAGAGCUGUAUUCAUUCUACAAUUUCUUUCGUCUACUUCUAACCAAUGGGAUAAUAGAUACACAGUAACAGU